GCAUGCGCACUGCCGCCCCUCCCCGCCUCUGCCUGGUGACCUGCGGUAACACAACUUGAAAGGCGCAAGAUCAGCGGCUAGCACUUCCAUUGCAAAUACAUACACAGAGGAGGGUGGGGGCAAAAGCCGGGAGGGGGCGAUGGCCGCCAUGAUCUACGGGAAGAUCUUCGUGGGCAUCUACGUGGAGAUCAAACGGAGUGACGGACGGAUCCACCAGGCGAUGGUGACCUCGCUGCAUGAAGACAAUGAGAGCGUGACGGUGGAGUGGAUUGAGAACGGAGACACCAAAGGAAAGGAAAUCGACUUAGAGAGCAUCUUCGCCCUGAACCCGGACCUGGCCCCUGAGGAGGAGAUACCGCCCAGUCCAGAGGCUCCUCUUCCUCCUUCCAGUGUGGCCAAGACCAGCAAAGUGCCCAAGACCCGACGAGUCACAGCCAUACCCAAACCAGACAACACCCCACGGGAGAACCGAGCCGCGGCGGUGGGCACCACACGGGCCCGUCCGAGCCAGCACAGCCAGGCCGCAGAGCCCCCUCCCCCGUCCAUCGCCGCCCAGCCCACCGCCAACCAAUCGCUGAUCCAGCAGCAGAACGCACGACGCAAGUCCAACUGUGUGAAGGAAGUGGAGAAGCUGCAGGAGAAGCGAGAGAAGCGCCGACUUCAGCAACAGGAACUUCGGGAGAAAAGAGCACAAGAAGUGGAUGUCAACUUGCCAAACUAUGAGAUCAUGUGCAUGAUCCGCGACUUCCGGGCCAGUCUGGACUACAGACCUUUGACCUCCAAUGACCUGAUUGAGGAGCAUCGGAUAUGCGUGUGCGUACGUGCAAGACCCCUCAACAAAAAAGAGUUGUCUGUCAAGGAUUUGGGCGUGAUCACCAUUCCCAGUAAGGACGUGGUGAUGGUCCACGAGCCCAAGCAGAAGGUGGACCUGACCCGCUACCUGGAGAACCAGACGUUCCGCUUCGACUACGCCUUUGACGAGAACUCCACCAACGAAAUGGUGUACAGGUUCACUGCUCAGCCGCUGGUGGAGACCAUCUUCGAGCGAGGGAUGGCGACAUGCUUCGCGUACGGGCAAACAGGAAGUGGGAAAACGCAUACAAUGGGAGGAGACUUUUCUGGGAAGAACCAGGAUUGCUCCAAAGGGAUCUACGCCUUGUCAGCCAGAGACGUUUUUCUCAUGCUGAAGAAGCCCAUCUACAAGAAGCUGGAUCUCCAAGUCUUUGCCACGUUUUUUGAGAUCUACAGCGGGAAGGUGUUUGAUCUGCUGAACCGUAAAGCCAAGCUGCGGGUGCUGGAGGAUGGCAAGCAGCAGGUGCAGGUGGUGGGGUUGCAGGAGCGCGAGGUCAAAUGCACGGAGGACGUCCUCAAGCUCAUCGAAGUGGGGAACAGCUGCAGGACGUCCGGUCAGACCUCAGCCAACGCCCACUCCUCCCGCAGCCACGCCGUCUUUCAGAUCAUCCUCCGCCGCCGAGGCAAGAUGCACGGAAAGUUCUCCCUCAUUGACCUGGCGGGUAACGAGAGGGGCGCCGACACAUCCAGCGCCGACCGCCAGACCCGCCUUGAAGGCGCCGAGAUCAACAAGAGCCUGCUGGCCCUCAAGGAGUGCAUUCGAGCUCUGGGUCGGAACAAACCUCACACUCCCUUCCGAGCCAGUAAGCUGACCCAGGUGCUCAGAGAUUCCUUCAUCGGGGAGAACUCUCGGACAUGCAUGAUAGCCACAAUCUCCCCUGGGAUGGCGUCCUGUGAAAACACCCUGAACACGCUCCGAUACGCCAACAGAGUCAAGGAAUUUGGAAUCAGUCCCUCCGACAUUCCCUUCUCGCAGAGCGGUGGACGCGCCGAGCUUUCUCCUACUUACGAGGUGAAGGAGCUGACGGUAGAGCCGGCGGCCACCAUGGACGCACACCAUGAAGGACACGUCAACCAGCUGGACGUCCUGGAGGCCCAGUGGGGUGUGGGGAGCUCCCCACAGAGAGACGACCUGAAGCUGCUCUGCGAACAGAACGAGGAGGAGGUCUCCCCGCAGCUCUUCACCUUCCAUGAGGCCGUCUCGCAGCUGGUGGAGAUGGAGGAGCAGGUUCUGGAGGACCACAGGGCCGUCUUCCAGGAGUCCAUCCGUUGCCUGGAGGACGAGAAGGUCCUGUUGGAGAUGACAGAGGAGGUGGACUACGACGUGGAAUCCUACGCUACGCAGCUGGAACACAUUCUGGACCAGAAGAUUGACAUUCUGACUGAACUGAGAGACAAAGUCAAGUCCUUCCGCUGUGCGCUGCAGGAGGAAGAACAAGCUAGCAAACAAAUCACCCCCAGGAGGCCUCGUGCACUUUAGACCCAAAAACUGGAUGCCAGUGAAACAUCCAAAGGAAGGCCACAACCUCGCCUUCACGCUUACACCCCAAUUCAGAGCUCAUGCUGUCCAUUUUGUCUUCUUUGCGUCGUUUCACGUGCGUCUCCUGGCUUGCAGCCAUCUUGCCCCCCCCCCAUCACACCUAACAUUUUUUAUGUAUUGUUUUUUUAUCUAACGAGGCAAAAAAACUAAGUACUGCAUUUCCGGUCAAUGUAACUUUUCCACUGCAAAGUACCGCUUCUACUCUACUACUCCAUUUGGGGGACGUUAUAACUGCAACGGCGUUGGACAUAUGAGCCUAAAACAAAUGGGAGUCUAAGGUAAGCAGGGUUAAGCUAAAGUUAGCAUAGGAUUUAAUUUAUUUUUUUGUAGGGACGCUCGCUCCGAUCCAUUGGUAACUGUUCCCAAACCGCCCAUUUUCAUGAAAAUGCCUGUCAAAGCGAUGAGCGUCCAGCAGCAAAUCCUAUGUCUGCCAUUUUGAAGACGAUGCGCCUGGUAUUUAUCUCGACCCAGACACACCAAUCCAUGCCAGCCCUCAUCAAACCUAUGUAUCUACCACCGUUUAGAUCUAGCGACCUAAAAGUUAUUUUCUUUAAACUUAAAAAAGCCCAAAACUUACCACUUCCACACGGAUAGGGAGGAUAACUAUUAACAGUUAUUUAACUUUUAACAUGAACAUUAAUCAGACAUAAUAAUUUUUUCUGGGUACAUGAUACCAUACAGCAUCCAUAUCAAACUUGCGCGGGCCGCACUAACAUUAAACUUUCAUAUCAAGGCGGGGGCCUCAAACUAGUGUCCUGCAGGCCACAUUUGGCACGCGGGCCGCGUGUUUGAGACCCCUGAGCUAGCUUCCAGGUCUUGUGACUCUUAGCAGAGUCACAUGUUUUUAAAAACAAACAAGCAGCGUGAUUAGUUGGCUAUCUUGUAGUCGCGAUGCUAAUGAUGUCACUGUUGUGUUGGAUGAACAUGAAGCCUUCCGAUGGUGACGCUAUCACGCGGCUCACCAAAGGCUCAAUCAUGCUUCAGUGCAAGUGUUGAAUUAUAGACGUGACGAGUAUAAAGCGUGUGUUUGGUGGUAAAUCAAGUAGUGAAGCAUUGAAAUGUUGGCAGUCAGAAAUAAAAGCUGCCAGCUGUGAUAGUGAGGAAACACUCCAUUUAUUCUCUUUUCAUCAACAUAUUCUUUCAUUGUCCAUCUCCAGCUCAUAUCAAAUCAGUGAUUGAUCAAUGUAUUGGUAUUACCAGUGACACUGGGAAUCGUCUCCACUAUCACUUAUCAUAAAUAUAUUGAUAUCGUAAUCAGCAGUUUGAAACAGUGAUCGGAGCAUUCCUAAUUUUUUGUCCUUUUUUAGCUAUGUAUGCUCAGAAUGUGCUGGACCGCCAGUCGUUUACGUCCCCUGCAUGGUAUCAGCUUGCAUAUUUAUGUACUUGAGUAUGUAUGAUUUUUCUCGUCACUUUGUGCUGAUUUUCUAAGAAGUGUGCAGGGCAGGACAUGAAAUUUUGGUCACUUUUUGGUCACUUUUGGUCCUGUCUUGAUGAGCUCAGAGCUCGUAUCGCAUCAAGUGGCGUGUGGGGGUCGCUAUAAUCAAACACAUUCAUUCAAUUUUACUAAAAUGUCAUUUGCCAGAAUAAAAAUACUUGGAUGGCUGAUGUUUUGGGUCGGGGUGGGAGCAGGUGAAUAACAACAGCAACCCACAUUGAACGUGUCAGUCAAAAGCGUGACACUAAACACGGAGGAGAUUGUGGGCAGGAGAGGGAAAUGAUGUCAGCAAAGCGGAGACUUUGGAGUUUAAUCAUUUUACGUGAACACUGAAGGUUAAUUUUAGCCUGGUAUCCUCAAAAUGCUGCUGGACCUGCAGUUGUUUACGUCCUCCUAUAUGAAAUAGAAGUAGCUCCUGGUCAAUAACGAGUAGAGUUGUGACCGUGAGGUACCAAGCAGUGGAAAAGCGGCGUAUAUAUAUGGAUGGUGUCUUUUUUGUAAAAAAAAACAAAAACAAAACUUUUAUACACAUGACUGGCCUAAUUUGAUUUUUAAAAAAAUGUGCAGGGAGAUGGACAUGAAGUUAUGUCAUCAUAAAAGGAAAAAUCCUGUCCCUCAAUAAUGAGCUGAAGUGCUCGCCUUGCACCAACCGGCCACUGGGGACGCUGUAAUCAAACAUUUUCACACAACAGUCGAACAUAAAUGUCAUUUGCUAUAAAACAAUAAAUAAAAAGACUACUUCCUGUGGUUGGACGUGUUUUUAUUGAUUUUCUUAUCAUGUAUUUCCUUUUGAUUGUAAUUAUUGUAAUCCCAUAUGAAGGUAAAAACAGUCUGAAUAUUUAGAGUGUUGUCUUUUUGCUGCACACAGCC